GGCGACGCUGCUUUGGCGGUGGUGGAGGGGUAAAAUAAACUUACAUGCAUAUGUAAUAAGUGGGGGCGGCCAGUUACGUGUGUGUGCGCGUGUCGUCGAUAGAAAUGCCCUUCCCUGUCGUGCUGACACGCACAUGCAUUAUUGACACGGGCACCGCGCGUCUCAGGUAUCCCCCCCCCCCCGCUCCUACAUAGAGUUGGCGUAACCGAAGCCAACGGGGUCUUUUGACAAAAGAACGACCUAUCGUCGGCAUUAAAGUCUACGGUCGGCGGCAAACGAUUCCACCUCCUUCGUAGUUUGCCCAAUUGCCUGCCUUUUGCCUCUCUCCGCGUGCGGCCAUGGGCGAGAAGUCGGCACAGGUGGGACAGGCAACCGGGCGCGUGAGAUUUCGCGUCUCCUCAUCCCACAGCGGGCGAGUGCUCCAACAGGUGUACGAGGAAAGAAAUGGCAAGUUGGAGCAUCACCACGCCGCUGCCAGAGAUAUUGAAGAGAGCGGAUCACCGAAUACAUCCCCAGAGCCGGUGCCUGGCGGGUACCAGGACUGCCUCCCCAACAGCGAACAGCAGCAUCAGCAGCAGCAUCAGGAGCCCGGCGACGAGGCAGACCUCAUCCUGAGCAGCUUGGCUCGGAGCACGCCGUGCUUUCGUCGCUCCGACAUCCUGAGCAAGAACGGCACCGUGCGUGGCGUGCGCCACAAGGUGUCGGCGGCUCAGGCGCACUUCGGCGGCUUGGCGGACACGCGGCCCUCUGCACCUCGCCCGCUGGAGAUCGGCAAGCUGGUGGUCUACACGACGAGCGUGCGUGUGGUGCGCUCCACGUUCGAGCGCUGCGAGCACGCGCGCCGCAUCCUGCACACCCACCACGUGCACUUCGAGGACCGCGACGUGGCGCUGCACGCCGAGUACGUGCGCGACCUCCGCACGCGUCACCCUUGCCCCCCUUCGCCGACCGACCACCGCCAGCGCCCCAACGGUGCGAGCGUCAGGCACGAACAACGCCGGAGGUCCGGCGACGAGGCGCAGCCGGACGGCGCGUCGGGGUGGCCCUGUCCGCCGGAGCCGGAGGACGUGUGCCGGACCGAGCUGAUGCAGUUGGCGCCGCCGUCCCGGGAACCUCCGCAAGCACACGGCACCCCCCUUGAGUUGCCGGCGAUAUUCAUCAACGGUGACUACUUCGGGGGCGCCGACAGACUUAUGUCUAUGAAUGAAUCAGGAGAGCUUCGGGCAUUCUUAAGGCAAUUUAAGAGGAACACGGUCGCACGCAAGUGCGCGCACUGCGGUGGCUACCGCUUCGUGCCGUGCUUGGCUUGCCGCGGCAGCAAAGUGUCACAAGUGCGGACAAACUUCGGGGAGCGUCCCAGGGCGUUGCGCUGCACAUCCUGUAACGAGAACGGCCUGCAGCGCUGCACGGAGUGCACCGAGUGAAGCACCACCCCCCCCCCUAGCCCCCCACGCGAGAGAGACCGCUGUUGGCAAGGGGCACUUCGUCGCGCCAAGGGAAUGGGAUUUGGGUGCAAUCUGUCAAAUUUGUGUGGCCCGAUGUCUGGGUCCUUUCGGCAGCGUGGGCCCACAGUGGCACUUUGCACCGCCUGUACACUCCAUUUGUGUCGGCUGACGGCCACACAUCCACCACCAUAACACACGGGGUGUUUGAGAGGAAUCAUUGAUGGUGGCUUAGAAUAUGCGAUAGCUUAGCGACAUACAGUAUUAUUUAUUGACAAGGUUAGCGUGUGUUUAGUGGAGUUCAUUGCCAGGAGCGCUGUCAACACUUGCAUUCGUAAGAGUCAUUUCGGCCCAGUCUGGCAGUGGUUAGUACCUACAGAGACCACUAACCAUCAAAAGCAGCAAUGCAUAUCCAUUGCCAGCUGUUUGAUUUCAUUUUAACAGCCGUCUUACAACCCUUUACAAAUUCUCCACAGCCGUUUUCGCCAAUUUAUUUGCGAAGUGUAUGCAACGAUGCAGGUGGCUAACUUUACAUUUGCUUAUAUUGCCCACGGCCUACAAUGUGUACUAUGUGAAACCUCAUGGCAAAUCGAAUCACUGCAAUCCAAUUGAAAUUAUGGUAAUGUUACCGCCACUCAAUUAUCCUUUUAGCCAUAUAUGUUCAACUUAAUAAAAAAAAAACCUGCAAUGCUGUCACGCUCAGAGACGAGAUGCCGAAGCCAAGCGUUACAUUCUUGCAUUUAAAUCCCAGCAAUCCCAGUUUGUUGCACGUGGGAGGAUAGUCAUUUACAGGAUUCAUCAUCGGCCACGAUCGAUCCACUGCUGGAUGAAGGCGUCCCAAGCCAUUGCCGUUUCUCACGAUCAUGCUUUGAGGAUUAAUACGUCAGUGGAUCGACUCAAGUGACCAUCCGUUACUUUAAUCGUAUUAAAAUUUCAAAAUUCAAUCAAUUGUUGCGUAACAUCAAAUGAGAGUUGUAUUAUGCUGAUUUCCCUUUAAUAUUGCAUCUUCAAUGUAAUAAGAUUCAACAGGUGUAGUCUAUUACACACCUGUGUACACUACACUUGCCAAAGUAGGGCUGUACAAACACGAGAAAUGUAUGUUAUUACUUUUAUUAUUUAAACCCCCUACAUAAAAAGCUGAAUGUUCAGUCACUGUAUAUUUUUUAAAGCUUAGAUUACUUUCAUGAUGAAUUGUGCUCCAAGUGCAGUGAGUAUACACUAUUAACAUUAAUAUAUUGUAAUCAAGACGACGUUCAUUUGAAUGGCUUCACGUAAAUAUCACAUGAGGGAGUGGGGUUACCGAUUUGCUAAACCAAUUCCCUCCAGGAAUAUAAAACAAUAAAUGUUUCAGCGGUUUAUAAACACUGUACAGUAUUUAGGCAUGCCUUUAUUUUUCAACAUGAGGAUGAAUAAACUUUAUUUUACA